CACAGCAGUUUUUUUCUUCUCUGCUGUCGCUCGGCCGGGUCUGGUCUGGCUUGCGAUCACACUAAGUGGACCAAUCUAUCGUUGCCCUUGAAUCAGCCAUGGCCAAGUCGCUCUUCCAUUCUCUCUCGUACCACUUCUAAAAGUUCCACCAUCUGCGUCGCUCUUUUUUUCUUUUGCAUUGAUCGGCCCAUCCUCGCCCACCACAACCAUGCCCAAGGAAAAGAAGGUCCGUGGCCGCCGUGGCAAGGACAAGAAGCGAAAGCUCGAUGCUGCCUCCGAAGAGAAUUCUAUCAAGCGCCGCCGCACCUCCCUCGACGACUCUGAAGCCAUUCCAUCAGUCGCCCUCGGUGAAGAACAUAGCGACGAGUCGGCCCCCCAUGCCAUUGCAGGCCAGUACCCCCAUCCGGGGGACAUGCCUUUCUAUGGAUUGCUAGACGAGGAGGAGCAGGAGUACUUUCGCAGCGCAGACGAAAUGCUAGAGCUCAACCAGUUCCACAGCCCGGACGACCGUGAGACCUUCCUCGACAACGUCUACAAGGAGGCCGAGGGCAAGGAACUUAAGAUGGCCAGCUCGCAAUCGUGCUCGAGGCUCAUGGAAAGGCUGAUCCAGUUGUCGAAUACCUCGCAGCUCAAGGCACUGUUCAAGAAGUUCAACGGACACUUCCUACAUCUUGUGCAGCACCGCUUUGCCUCACAUUGCUGCGAGGCUCUGUUCUUACGAGCAGCCCCUGUUGUCACCACCGAGAUGAAGCUUCCACCAGAGCUUUCCGACGAUCCCAACGAAGAGCUGGUCUCGAUGGAGAAUCUGUUCCUGCACACUCUUCACGAGCUAGACAACUACCUAGGCUAUUUGCUAACGGACAAGUUCGCCUCGCACACGUUACGCGUUCUUCUCGCCGUCCUCUCAGGGCAGCCAAUCUCACGCUCAGAGAGGGCUUCCGUCCUCCACAGCAAGAAAAAGGAGCGCAUCUCUGUCCCCCAUCAGCAGCCAGCUCAGGACGAGCUGAGUCUCGACCGACGCGUCGUGCCGGAUUCGUUCAAGGAAGCGCUUGAAAAGUUUGUUGCGCAAGCCGUUUCGGGCUUUGACACGCCAUUCCUGCAAUCACUCUCCCUCCAUCCAACGGGCAAUCCUACGCUGCAACUCCUGCUGCAGCUUGAAUUGACCGUUUUUGGCAAGCACAGAGCCAAGGCCGAAGAUUCAAUCAUCCACAAAUUAUUACCUGAUGAUCCCAUUACUGAGGACUCUGUUAGCGGAAGGUUCAUCAAUGGCUCCAUCUAUGACCCCCUAGGAUCUCGACUGCUGGAGACCAUCAUUCAGCAUGCGCCGGGAAAACUGUUCAAGGCCAUCUACAAAACUUUCUUCAAAGAGCGGAUGGCACAGUUGGCAAGGAAUGACAUUGCCAGUUAUGUUGUGUGCGCCAUCCUCAACCGCCUUGGCAAAGAUGACCUCAAGGACGCCAUGGACGCGCUCGUUGCCCAGAUGCCAACUCUGGUCGAUCGGAACCGCACCGUUGUGAUACGAACGCUCAUUGAGCGGUGCACAGUGCGUGAAGUUGACCAUGCGCCGAUCGCCGAUGGCCUAGCCAAGGCAUAUGGUGGCUUAAAUGGCUUCGAUAUCACGCAGCUGCUGAAGUUGAGCAAGUCGUCCACAGGCUCGCCCGCCCCUGAUGGCACAACCACCAAGGACGUUGCCGCCUCAAAGGGUGGUCAGCACAGCUCGGAGAAGCUGCACGGCUCCCUUCUUGCUCAAGCUAUGGUUGCCGUUCCUGGCGAACUUAGCAACCUGAUUCUGGAUUCACUGCCACGACUUGGAACGCCGCUGCUCCUGCAAAUCGCCAAGGAUCCAAGUGCAAGUCGAACCUUGCAGGCGACACUGACGGCAUCUAGCGCGUCAGUCAUUGCGCGGCGUAAGAUUAUCCAGAACUUCUACGGCCACAUCAGUGAGAUGGCACUCGAUCCUUCGGCAUCACACGUCAUCGACGCCAUUUGGAAGGGCACGCAUGGCCUGGCCUUCAUCCGCGAGCGUAUCGCGGAAGAGCUCGCUGAGAACGAGGCAUCCUUGCGCGAGUCGCACGUUGGUCGCGCCGUGUGGCGCAAUUGGAAGAUGGACCUGUACAAGCGCCGGAGAAAGGACUGGGUUGCAGAGUCGCGUGCGUCUGCCGGAAGCGAUUCAUUCUUACCCUUUCCGGAAGAAAAUGGUGUGGGCACCGGGGACGAGAUGGAAGCCUCGAAGCAUACAAAGGGCAAGGUGGAUAGGCAUUUGAGCGCAAUCGAGAAGGCACGGUUGAAAUAUGCACAGGCGAGGAUGAAGAAGGAGGAUCAGACGACGAAGGAAAAAGAAAAAGGGAAGGGAAAGAGAGCGCGGGACGAUAAAGGAGAGGAGGGAACUGCUCUAUCGGAACCAAGCGCUGAGCAGCGAAAGAAGAAGAAAAGCGAUGCGGCCGCUGUACGAGCGGACACAUAAUGGCGCUGAUAAUAAUGGCGACGACACGGACGGUGAUGGUGAUGAACCUUUGGUCCCAUAUACACAAGCAUUGUAGUGGCGUUUAGAACAAAGGACGAGCAGCGUCGCUCGAUGGUCUACGUUUGCGCGUAUCCACAGGACGCAACGAGACGACACUGUUGGGAGAUUUGUCUUCGUAUCUGGAGUGCUUUUACCGACGUCUGAUCUGCAUUCUUCCCAAUUUGCAUCUGUAAAGAUACCCGUCGACGUGGUAUGCGCGAAUAUCCGCGAAGUUAGUCUGAGUUCAUAGUCUUGUCUUUGGUUUUUCCUUCCCCUGUGAAUCUCC